AUGUUCCAACGGCCGUCCUGUUUGCAGGGCCGGAGGCAGCGCAAUGGCGCUGGCGAAGACUGGUCUGCAUUUCCUGUCCGGCAAUUGUUCGUUUUAGCGCUUUGCCGCAUCUGCGAGCCCAUCGCGUUCAUGUCGAUUUUCCCCUACGUCUAUCGCAUGGUCGAGUCCUUCCAUGUUACGGAUAACGACGGCAAGAUUGCGCUGUAUGCCGGCAUGAUCACCUCGUCCUUCACCUUUGCCGAGUUUUCGGCAGGCAUGUUCUGGGGUCGUAUGAGUGAUCGCAUCGGCCGCAAGCCCGUUCUGAUUAUGGGCCUGGUGGGUACGGCCAUCAGCAUGGUGGUGUUCGGAUUUGCGCCCAACCUGGCAACGGCCAUGAUUGCGCGCGCGCUGGGUGGACUGCUGAACGGGAACAUCGGCGUUCUGCAGACAACCGUGGCAGAGAUCGUGACAGUCAAGGAGCACCAGCCGCGAGCUUACUCGAUCAUGCCUUUUGUGUGGUGCUUGGGCUCCAUCAUUGGGCCGGCUCUGGGCGGUGUUUUGGCCCAGCCGUGCGAGAACUACCCGUCGUUCUUUGCGCGCAACACGCUGUUCGACCGAUUCCCCUUCCUGCUACCCAAUCUGGUGUGCAUCACCGUGUUGGUGUGUGGCGUUGUGGUCGGCUUCCUGUUUUUGGAAGAAACGCACCCGGAAAAGAAGCACCGUCGUGACCCUGGUCUUGAGCUCGGGCACUGGCUCGUCAGCCAAUGCUGUGGCUCGCGGGUCCAACUUCCCGACGAUUCCGACGUGAGCGCCGAGGAAACCAAGUAUUUCGUGUACGGUGACGUCCCGCCAGACUAUGACAGCGCCGAAUCAACACCGCGCAUGAGCUCUGUGGCGGACCGCCCUGCGGAUGCCGAUCUGGAAGGGCAGAAGCGCCCUACGCCCAAGGCAUUUACCCGACAAGUCAUCUUAACCAUCGUGGCUUACGGGAUUCUUGCAUACCACAGCGUGUCGUUUGACCAGCUGAUGCCGGUCUUCCUGAGCACCCCCAAAUCGGAUGACAGGGUUGCGCUGCCUCUCAAGUUCACUGGUGGCCUUGGCCUGAUGACCAAGACCAUUGGUAUCAUGCUCGCCGUCCAGGGGGUGUACUCGAUGAUCGCUCAGCUCUGGCUGUUCCCAUUCGUGGUCAAGCACUUUGGCACCCUUCGGACGUUCCGCUUCGUGCUGAUGGUCUGGCCGCCGCUUUACAUGGCCGUGCCCUACCUCAUCCUGCUACCAGCCAAGCUGCAAAUGCCCGCCGCGUACGUGGCACUGAUCAGCAAAAUCACCUUCCAUGUCAUCGCCUUCCCCGCAACCGCCAUCAUGCUGGCCAACUCUGCUCCGAGUUCGAAGGUGCUGGGCUCCAUCAACGGCGCCGCGGCCUCCGUCGCCAGCCUCAGCCGGGCCUUUGGUCCCACGAUAACCGGCCUGUUGCACUCCAAAGGUCUCGAUAGCGGAUAUUCCGUGCUCGCCUGGUGGGCAUGCGGUCUCGUCUGCGUGAUCGGUGCCAUUGAGAGCUUCUGGAUGGAGGAGCCACCGAUGCCGGAUCGGUUCAAACAAUCUGAAGUCAACGAGUCUGAGAUGAAGCAAAACGCCCUCUCCGAUUUCACCCCACGAAACUCUACCACUUUGCCGGAGGAGGAGCAACGGCUCCUCUCUCUGCGCUCUAGCAUUGAUCACGACUUUGACGCCUCGACUCUCGACUUGACUGCCGUGGAGAGGUUCGCUCGGUCCGAAACCGAUCUCUCAGCGGCCCGCGUCUAG